AUGUCCCGCUCCGAUCGACUACAUCGGUGAUAGACUACUAUGCCUUAAUGUAGACCAAGGCCACUCCCCGCAGCUGGUCAUAAACAUGCCAGUGAGUUUUGCGUCUCUUUCUGGGGUGAAACAAGGUGAAGACAGUGAGCCAGACUGUAUAAGAGUCUAGUUUGAUAUUUGUAGACACUAGCAAUAUACAAAGACAAAGCUGUCAGAGUCAACACAGGCGUCCCGGAUACAAGUUUUAACCAAAGUCACAGCAACAACAAGAGAGGAGCUGCAUCUUCAGCGUCAAUGGAGCAAGACCAGCAAGUUCCACCCUUCUGCCCUGUGUUCAACACCACACCUGCCCCUGCAGAUGAUUCAUUGACGGAUGAGCCUCAGACCAGAGUAGACCUCUUAAAAUAUUACUGUCACCUCACCCUGGACCCAAACACAGCAUACAGAGAGAUGGUCCUGUCUGAGGGGAACAGAAAGGCGGAGCUCACAGAUCUAGUCCAGGACUACCCUGAACACCCAGACAGGUUUUCUCACCUCUAUCAGGUGCUGUGCAAAGAGGGUCUGACUGGACGCUGUUACUGGGAGGUGGAGUUUGACAGGUCUGUUGAAGUAGCAGUGGCGUACAAAGAUCUUGCCAGAUCAGACUAUUAUUCUGAGUGUGCGUUCGGGUGCAAUGACAAAUCCUGGAGUUUAGACAUAAACAGUAACAGCAAAUGUUUCAGACACAAUGAUGAGGAGACUGAGGUGCCGGAGCCUCAGUCCUCCAGAGUCGGCGUGUACCUCGAUCAUAAGGCGGGUAGUCUGGCCUACUACUGUGUCUGUGACACGACGCUGCAGCUGAUGCACAGAGAGGAAACCACGUUCACAAAGCCACUCUACCCAGGGCUGUAUGUCGCAUUCACUGCUCAGCUGUGUGACUUGGAGUAGAGGUCCAGCCUAAAAGUGUCAACUAUCUCAUGUCACCACUGGUGGACUUGGGAGGACGGGGGUGUCCCUAUGCUCUUAAGGUGCUUGGAAGCCCCUAGGGUAGAUAAGACACGAUGGAGUGUCUUUUACACAGAGGCUGGGCGGAGGGCACCCCAUGUUGUCUCAAAAGCCCCAAAUGUUUUUUAUAAACCUGUGUUUUUUUAUAAAGCUGUGUGUCACUCAGAUAAUAACACAUGCCCAUGUUGUUUACCCUAUUACGCCGUUCCCUAAAGAAAUCUAAUGUAAUUGUGACAGCUUAACAUUAAUUUUGUGAACUCUACUACUGCAUAGUAUAACAAAAUUAGGUUUCAAGAUAAGUAAAUUGUUUAUGCCAAAUUCCUUUCCUACCUAAAAUAUGCCAAGGAGUUCAGUGGAAUAAAGGAAUCUAUAAAUAUUAAAAAGUUAAUAGACUGAUUGUCAACUAUCAUGCUUUUCCCAAAUGAUGAUUUUAGGGGCUCCAUGAUAUCAAAUGGCUUGAAAAUAGUCCACAUGGCUGCCAGAAAAUGCCUCGAAUGUUUAUGUCUGGCUCUGUCGCUGUUUCUACAGAAGCCCAGUGUGCAAAAGACCUGAGUGAAUAUCCUCUAGGGAGCCCUUACAGGUGAUUAAAGGACACAUAGGCUGCCCUACAUGCUAGAAAACUUUCUGUGCUCCUGCCCCACUGAGUCCACCGUGGAGAUGAACAUUAAUGCUAUUUAGUAGGACAGUGAAUGAUGCAGAACAUAUAACAGACUGCAGAGAAUACAUAACUUUGAUUAUUAUUUUUUUUUUUACUUUUUUUUAAUAAGAAAGACUUAAGUAUCAAUGCUGGGUUGAUUUAAACAAAUCACAAUAAUAUAUCUUAAAAGUCAUUUACAUUCACAUUCCUAGUCAUGCCAGCAGAGUUAGCAUUUAACUAAAAGCACCACUGUGCCUCAGUGAAACCUCAUAGAGCAGCUAACAUGGUUGCAGACUGUUCCAUGUAAUUCUAUGAUCAACACUGAUUUAUAAUUUAUUAGAUUUUAUUACAGAUAUUAACAGAUUAAAAUGUCAGAGUUGUUAUCAGUUGUUACUGUGCCUCUUGUUCUAUAUUAUUGUGCAGAAUGAGUCAUUUUGCUUUGUCAAAAACAAGUGAAAAUAAGUUGUUUGGGAGGUUAAUUGCUGGACUACUUCUUAACCAGGCUGAUGCUAAGUUAAUUGCCAGCUGCUAUAGCUUUAAAAUUAGCAAAAGCACAGUAAUAUCAGUCUUUUCUACCUUGGCAAGAAAGCAAGUCAGUGUAUUUCCCAAAAUGUCAGACUAUUCC